AUGGCCCCCACCACCGUCGCCAUAAGCGACUCAGUCCGCUCUCCCAAGCAGCCCCCCGCAAAGCUCCGCUCCCCGUCCCCGGCCCCCGCCAACGCGCGCGCCGCGUCUCUCGCCCCGCUCUCCCCCAAGGCUGCCGCUGCCGCUCGUCUGACCUCCCCAGAACCUGAGCCGUCGUCGACUCGCGCGACACCGGCCCCGGAGAGUGCCGUGCGGCAUCCGAGGCACCGUCUGGCGCGGCCCCCUCUUCCGAAACAAAUCCCGAUGCGGCUGAUGAUGAGGCGGACUCGGAGACGUGAUCGAUAUGAGACAUUCAACCAGCUACUCGAUCUCGACGAGGACGAGACACACGACUUUUCGCUGGGGAUGACCGAGGCGUAUUUCACACAGCGUCGACGACAUUCACUGAUAUGGACGAAGCAUUAUCGUUUUGUCAGCGAUUGCAAAGACCUGAAGAAGCUCUCCGCGCUCGGGCACUUCCUCAAGGGCUCGUCGGCGGCGUUGGGUGUGUCUGCGGUGCAGGCAACAUGCGAGGACAUCCAACACUAUGGCGCGCUAAGAGACGAGAUCAACAACAUGGACCUGACGGACAAGGAAGCGCUGGCGAAGAUUGAGCCGCUGCUGAAGCGGGUGAAGAAGGAGUACGCGGUGGCCGAGCGAUGGCUCCAGAACUGGUACAAGAAACACGUCCCGGAAGACGCCUGA